UGAAUCAUAAAGCCAGACCCCAGUCCUGACUAUUGCUCAAUCCCCAGGAGCCAGUUCCUGUGGGCUGCGCCUGACAAGCCCGACUUUUUCCUUUCUUCAGUUCAAAGAAAAGACGAGGUCUUGCACAAGGCACCCUGUGUCUGGCUUCUACAGGGAAGGGUCACAUGGAGCUUCUCCAGCUGUUCGUCCUGCUCUCUGUCACAGAGCUGUCUCGAGCCCACAACACCACGGUGUUCCAGGUCCAGGCAGGCCACUCCCUGCGGGUCUCCUGUCCCUACGACUCCCUGAAGCACUGGGGGAGACGCAAAGCCUGGUGCCGCCAGCUGGGGAACGAGGGCCCAUGCCAGCGGGUGGUCAGCACCCACAGCUCGUGGCUGCUGUCCUUCCUGAAGAGGCAGAACGGGAGCACGGCCAUUGCAGACGAUGCCCUGGGCGGCACACUCACCAUCACACUGCGGAAUCUUCAAACCCACGACGCUGGUCUCUACCAGUGUCAGAGCCUCCAUGGUAGCGAGGCAGACACCCUCAGGAAAGUCCUAGUGGAGGUGCUGGCUGACCCCCUGGAUCUGCAGGACCCUGGUGAUCUCUGGAUCCCCGAGGGGACCCAGGGGUUUAAGGACGUCCACGUGGAGCACAGCAUCUCCAGGAGCCUCUCAGAAGAGGAGAUCCCUUUCCCACCUACGUCCAUCCUUUUCCUCCUGGCCUGCAUCUUUCUCAGCAAGCUUCUAGCAGCCAGUGCCCUCUGGACUGUGGCCUGGCAUGGGCAGAAACAGCGGACAUCCUUGGCCAGUGGGCCGGAUUGUGGCCAUGUCCCAGGUUACCAGCUCCAAACCCUGACAGGGCUGAGAGACACCUGAGAGGAGAGGACUCUACAGGGAGGAGAGGCCCUGAAGAGGGCUGCAGGGACCACCCCAGCCUGCACACUCGCUCCUGGGCCACCAAGACUCCUGGUUCUGCUGUGGCAAAAGGCGACUCUGCCUG